AUGGAGGCCAAAAAUGAUCAAGUACAAGAAUUCAUUUUCAGGUCCAAACUCCCAGAUAUCUAUGUCCCAAACCACCUCCCUCUGCACGCUUAUUGCUUUGAAAACCUUUCCCAAUUCAAAGACAAUCCCUGCUUGAUCAAUGGCUCUACCGGUGAUAUCUACACUUAUGGGGACGUUGAGCUCACAUCACGCAAAGUUGCCUCUGGUCUCCACAAGUUAGGCAUCCAAAAAGGCGAUGUUAUAAUGAUCUUGCUCCAAAACUCGCCAGAAUUUGUGUUUGCAUUUCUUGGUGCAUCAUUUAUUGGCGCUACCAGCACAACUGCAAACCCUUUUUAUACUCCUGCUGAGAUUGCAAAACAAGCAACAGCAUCAAAGGCAAAGCUGAUAAUAACACAAGCAGUUUAUGCCGAGAAAGUGCAGCAGUUCGCUAAAGAAAAUGUUCAUGUCAAAAUAAUGACCAUUGACUCGCCACCAGAAAACUGCUUGCACUUCUCAGAGUUGACAAAUUCUGAUGAGAAUGAUAUCCCUGCGGUCAAGAUUAACCCUGAUGAUGUCGUGGCACUCCCUUAUUCGUCAGGGACUACAGGUCUCCCUAAGGGCGUCAUGUUGACUCAUAAAGGGCUCGUUACUAGUGUGGCACAACAAGUUGAUGGAGAGAAUCCCAACCUCUAUUUUCACGAGAAGGAUGUGAUUCUUUGUGUGUUGCCUUUAUUCCACAUCUACUCACUCAAUUCCGUGUUACUUUGUGGGCUAAGAGUUGGUUCAGCAAUUUUGCUUAUGCAAAAAUUUGAGAUUCUUACAUUAAUGGAGCUUGUACAAAAAUAUAAGGUGACAAUUGCUCCAUUUGUGCCACCUAUCGUCCUAGCAAUUGCAAAAAGUCCACUCGUUGAUAAGUAUGACCUUUCUUCCAUUCGGACAGUAAUGUCCGGUGCCGCACCGAUGGGGAAGGAGCUUGAGGACACUGUGAGGGCUAAGCUGCCUCAUGCUAUUCUUGGACAGGGAUAUGGAAUGACAGAGGCAGGACCCGUGCUAUCAAUGUGCUUGGCAUUUGCGAAGGAACCCUUUGAAAUUAAAUCUGGUGCCUGUGGGACUGUUGUUAGAAAUGCCGAGAUGAAGAUUGUUGAUCCCGAUACCGAUACCGGUAAUUCCCUUCCCCGAAAUCAAGCCGGAGAGAUUUGCAUUAGGGGUAGCCAAAUCAUGAAAGGUUAUCUAAAUGACCCUGAGGCCACUGAAAGGACCAUAGACAAAGAUGGAUGGUUACACACCGGCGAUAUUGGAUACAUUGACGAUGAUGAUGAGCUCUUUAUCGUCGAUAGAUUGAAAGAAUUGAUCAAAUACAAAGGUUUUCAAGUAGCACCGGCUGAGCUUGAAGCAAUGUUGAUUGCUCAUCCUAACAUCUCUGAUGCUGCUGUAGUACCCAUGAAAGAUGAAGCUGCCGGAGAGGUUCCUGUUGCUUUUGUGGUGCGAUCAAAUGGUUCCAAGAUCACCGAGGAUGAAAUCAGACAAUAUAUCUCAAAACAGGUGGUCUUUUAUAAGAGAAUUAGUCGGGUUUUCUUCACGGAAGCGAUUCCCAAGGCUCCAUCGGGUAAAAUCUUGAGAAAGGACCUAAGAGCAAGGAUUGCAGCUGAUUUGAGGAUAGGAAGGGUCUUGAUUGAUGCCUACUGUAAAAUGACGCUAUCGAGGUCAGUAGGAGUUAGAGUUGAUGUUAGAGCAGUAGCAGAUGAAGCACAAUAA